CGAAAUGCAAGACCCGGCAGCUAGGGUUUUUGGAGGUGCUCACAUAUAAAGCCUUACUUCUCACUUUACAGCGGCUAAGAGAACCCUAAACCACCCAAGCGUCGACGUGCUAGAUCCAUCGUUCUCUUUCCGAGAUGGCCAAGUCGAAGAAUCACACCGCCCACAACCAGUCCCGAAAGGCCCACAGGAACGGCAUCAAGAAGCCUAAGAGGCACCGCCACACUUCCACCAAAGGGAUGGACCCCAAGUUUCUGAGGAACCAGAGGUACGCCAGGAAGCACAACAACACCAAGAACGAAUCCGCCUCUGAUGAAGAGUAGAGUGAGGCCUUCCAAUCAUGGCUCUGAUUGGGUUUUUCUCGAUUAGGGUAUUUUGAUUUCGAUGCCGUUUUAUGCUUACUUUGUCGUUAGUAACAUAGUAGUUUGAUGUUACUCAAGUGGGAUUUAUUUCAAUUUCAUGUACGAGCAGUACUCCUAAUUUAUUACUUCUGUUAAAGAGAUUACGAGGUUUUGAGAUA